AUGGCAGAUCUUGGAAAAGGGAAAGAGAAGGCAAGUGAGGACGAGUCAGCAACUGCACCAUCAGAUAAUCCAAUUGCUGGAGAUGGCUCCGCGAACGUUGCGCCACCAAAUGCUGGAACUUCAUCACCACUAAAGGAGAUUACUGUAUCAUCUGACGCACCAGAAGAGGCGACCACCUCACCAGAUCCAGCAGAAGCAUCUGCUAGUCAAGCAUUCCUAACGGGGCUUCCCUCAGAAACAGUGGAAGGUCCUGCACCAACAGCGGAAGUUGUCAAUCCACUUGUGUUAGUUGACAGUACAGACGCCGACUCGGCUCUAGGCGACGAUGACGCUGCAAGCGACACAACGUCCAUCGCGUCAACCAUACAUAAAGGUCGUUUCGAAAACGGCCGCCGUUACCACAAGUACCGUGAGGGCGAAAAUGAUUACUGGGGUCCCAACGAUGAGAUCCAGAAUGAUCAACUCGACAUUGCGCAUCAUAUGUUUCUGAUCAUGUUGAACCAGAAGCUGCAUCUGGCACCUAUCAAAGAGCCAAAGAAGGUGUUGGAUCUUGGGUGCGGAACAGGGAUUUGGUGUAUGGACAUGGCCGACGAGUACCCCGGCGCUGAGAUCCUAGGCGUAGACCUCUCUCCCAUCCAACCACAAUUCACACCUCCCAACUGCAAAUUCGAAAUCGACGACGUGACCCUCCCAUGGACAUACACCCAGCCCUUCGACUUCAUCAACAUCCGCUCAUUAUACGGCUCCAUCGGUGAUUGGCCAGCACUCUACGCACAAGUUUACAACAACCUCGAGCCAGGCGGUUACCUCCACGAAAUGGAAAUGAGCAUCCAGUUCAAAUCCGACGACGGCACGUUGACCAAAGAACACGUUUUGUCUCAGUGGAGUGAUCUCUUCCAUGAAGCAAGCGAGCGCUUCGGGAAGUCGUUCUACGAGGUUUGGAACUUGUCGACGUAUAUCCGUAAUGCGGGGUUCAAAGAUGUCGAAGAGCGGGUGUACAAGGUGCCUGUCAAUGGGUGGCCGGCUGAUCCACAUAUGAAAGAGUUGGGGAGGUGGAAUUUACUGCACAUCACACAGGGAGCGGAGGGCUGGGGGCUGUAUCUGCUGACGAAGGUCAUGGGCUGGACGGUCGACGAGGCCCAGAUUUUCUUUGCUAAGUUCAGGUCGGGGGUGAAGGAGAGGAAGGUCCAUGCGUACUUCGAGGUUGUGGUAAUUCAUGCGAGAAAACCUUGA